AUGUACCGCAGCGGUGCGCGUUCCUCUGUUUCUUCGCACCGGUCUAAAGACAGUGGCGGGGGCGGCCCUCACACUGGCCGCAGCUCCGGCUCCUCCUCAAGCUCGACUCGCCGCGCCUCGCCGCCGCCCUCCGGUUCCUCCUCUUCGCGGACCCCGGCCCAUCGGCUUCGCUCACCCUCUGGGCACCGUAGCCGCCGGGCCUCGCCGUCCCCGUCUCGGGGUCGCCGCCGUUCCCCCUCUCCGCCGCGGGCCCGUCGUGGCUCCCCGUCGCCGCUGCGGGGCCGACGACUCUUGCCGCCGGGCCCAGCCGGUUUCCGAGGCAGCAGCCGGGGGGAGUCCCGUGCCGAUUUCCCCCGGGACAGCCGCGGAGACCAUCCAGGCGACAGCGGCAGCCGGAGACGCUCUCCUGGUUUGCAUUCGGAUUCUUCCUUGGAACAGAGUUUAAGGAUCACUGUUGGCAACGAGCACUUCUGUGUCAGCACACCAGAACGGCGGCGGCUUAGUGAUCAGUUGGGGUCACCAGUGGAUAAUCUGGAGCAUGUGAACAGGGAUGACCUAACUGAUGAUUCUGUCUUCACUCGAAGCUCCCAGUGUUCUCGAGGUAUUGAGCGAUAUGUUUCCCGGGAAGAGGAGUCUCUGAGUUCCUUCUUGGGACAACUUGAUGAGGACUACCGAACAAGAGAAACUUUCCCGCAUCGAUCUGAUUAUAGUCCCCAUGUCAGUUGUCAUGAUGAACUGUUGCACAAUACAGAACAGAAUAGAGACAAAUUCAAAGGUUCCUACACCAUACAAUCUGAGGAAAGGAGCCAGGAGUCCAAACGGCCCCGUUAUGAUGACACACAGAAGAUACACAGCAUGGGAGGAACUCACCUGAGUUUACCAUCAGGGACCCGCAACUAUCGACAACGUAGACGAAGCCCAAGCCCUAGGUUUCUAGAUCCAGAAUUUCGGGAACUGGACCUUGCUAGGCGAAAGCGAGAGGAAGAGGAGGAACGAAAUAGAAGCUUGAGUCAGGAUUUGGUGGGAGUUGAUGGUGGUGGCACUAGCUGCCCCAUUCCUGGAUUGUCUGGUGUACUACCAGCAUCAGAGCCAGGAUAUUCUUUGCAUCGGCCUGAGGAAGUAUCUGUGAUGCCCAAGAAGUCUAUUUUGAAGAAACGGAUUGAGGUGGACAUGGAGUCUUCCAUUCAGCUUGAAAGAUUCUCCAGCAGUACCAGCUCCUGCCAGGAUCACACACUCUACUCUGGACAUCCAUCUCUUCCACUAAGUGGGGCUAUGUCUUCCUUUGCCUCAGAAAUUGAGGCCACCAAGGAGGCUAUGAUAGGGACUGCCUUGAAGGAGCCUCAGGACAGUCUCUACCAAUGGGGCUCCCUCCCUGAGAUGCCCAAAGACAACAGUCCUCUCAGAGAAAAGUUUGGAAGUUUUCUGUACCACAAGGAGAAAUUGGAUACAAAGACUGAGGCACCUGAGCGACACACAGACUUCUUGCUGCCCCAUGAGAGGGCUAGCCAGGAUGGCAGUGGUUUUUCCCGUAUUCUCAGCAUGUUAGCAGAUUCUACCAGUACACAGGAAAAAAGGCAACAUAGCUUCCCUGAUAUUGAAGAUGAGGAGAAAUUUCUCUAUGGCGAUGAAGAGGAGAACUUAAAGGCAGAAUCCCCACAAAAGCCACUUGGGGGCUCUGAGAGUGAAUUUAUGAGGCAGAAGGCAAGCUCCCUUCCCUUGUCAGGUCAAACUGUAAAGCGAGAAUCCCUAGAAGAGACCAGUCCAGAAUUUACCAAGAUUCAUGACUUGCUCAAGACCAUAGGACUGGAUAUUGGGGUAACAGAGAUAAGUAAGCUGGCUGUGCGCACCCAGGAACGACUUCAUGGCAAGAAGCCAUCACGUUCCUCAGCUGACCUCCAUUCUUCAGUUGACCGUCGCUUUUCUUCGGAUCGUGGUUCUUCAGUUGACCAUCGUUCCUCAGUUGACCGUAAUUCCUCAGUUGACCACCAGUUCUCAGCUGAUCGGCGCUCCUCAGAUCACCACAAACUAGAGAACAGGGAGGCACACAAUAACAUUACCCACUCUCCAGAGGUUUCCCAUCCACACCCAGCCUCCCCUUAUCUGCUUACAAAAAAUAGCACCCCUUUCUUAAAGUCUGACCAUUUAAUAGGCCAGGUUCCAGGACCAGAGGUGAUUCGUAGGGGGUUUCAGUCAUCCAUUGCAGUCAGAUGCAUGCUGCAGCCAGCCCCAUCUGUCCCUAUUAGACUUCCACACCCUGCUUCUUUAUCUCAGUUUCAUAUGCCAAGGUCCCCUCAGUUUGCUGCAGCUCGGAUACCUCCAAACUACCAGGGACCUGCCAUUCCCCCUACCUCCUUUGAUGCCUAUAGGCACUACAUGGCUUAUGCAGCAUCAAGAUGGCCCAUGUACCCCACCUCUCAACCAUCAAAACACCCUCUAGCUGAAUCACAUAGGGUGAUGCCAGUUACCAAACAAGCUACUCGUAGCCGUCCUAAUCUCCGUGUGAUUCCCACGGUAACUGCUGAUGAACCCAAACAGGAAGAAUCAACUCUCAGUUCAGUUCCUUCUGCUCAAGUGCCUGUCCAGGUGCCCAUCCCUUCACUCAUAAGAUAUAAUCCUGAGAAGAUCUCUGAUGAGAAAAAUCGUGCUUCCCAGAAGCAGAAGGUUAUUGAAGAGAGGGAAAAGCUGAAGAGUAACCAGGAAGCACGCCAGAAGAAGAUGUACUAUCUCAGAACUGAACUGGAGCGGCUUCAUAAACAACAAGGAGAAAUGCUGCGCAAGAAACGAAGGGAAAAGGAUGGUCACAAAGACCCACUCUUGGUGGAGGUGAGUCGGCUUCAGGAUAACAUUAUGAAGGACAUUACAGAAUUACAACAAGAGGCAGAAGAGGCAGAAAAGAAGCAGUCUGAACUGGACAAAGUGGCUCAGAUCUUGGGAAUUGAUAUUUUUGAUAAAUCUCAAAAAUCUUCAAACCACAAUAAAGAGUCUACAGAGAAACCUGGGAAAGCAGAAAAAGCUAAGAGCCCAGAAAAAAUGUCAUCUCCUUCAGAUUCCUCCAACAGCAAGGAAUCAAAAGUAAACAAUGAGAAGUCUUGUGCUAAGAGCCCCAAGCCUGCUGAGAGCCCCCAACCAACUGCUAAGCAGUCUGAUCAGCCCACUACUACUUAUGAGUAUUAUGAUGCUGGAAAUCACUGGUGCAAAGACUGCAAUACCAUUUGUGGGACCAUGUUUGACUUCUUCACCCAUAUGCACAAUAAGAAGCAUGCACAGACCCUGGAUCCCUACAACAGACCUUGGGCUUCAAAGACCCAGAGUGAGGCCAAGCAAGAUGCUGUAAAGCGCACUGACAAGAUAACUGUUCCUGCAAAAGGCUCUGAGUUCCUGAUUCCCAUCACUGGAUAUUACUGUCAGCUUUGUGAGGAAUUUUUUGGAGAUCCAGUUUCUGGAGAGCAACAUGUGAAAGGUCACCAACACAAUGAGAAAUAUAAGAAAUAUGUGGAUGAAAACCCAUUAUAUGAAGAGCGGCGGAAUCUGGACCGUCAAGCUGGCUUGGCUGUGGUCCUAGAGACAGAACGGCGACGACAGAGUGAGCUUAAGCGCAAACUUAGUGAGAAACCCAAGGAGGAAAAGAAAGAAAAAAAGGCAAAAGUCAUGACAGAAGUAAAGGAGGAUGACAAGGUCUCUCCAGAUAGAGAGGAUCAGCUCUCUGAGGGUAGGAAGUCCCCUGAAAAGGUAGAAAGUAAAAGGAAGGCUAACCUUAAACUCCAAUUAAAAGAAGAAGUAAAGAAGGAAUCACCAACGUCUUCAUCUUUUGGAAAGUUCAGCUGGAAGAAGCCAGAAAAAGAGGAGGAAAAAAGUUUGGUGGUGGCCUCAAGUGUCCCUAAGGAAGAGAUUGUGGAAAACAGUAAGGACAAAGAAGAUCACAAAGCUGAAGCUGGGAAGACAAAACCCAUCAAAAUCAAGCUGUCUGGGAAAACUGUUGUUGCACAUACCAGCCCUUGGAUGCCUGUUGUGACAACUUCAACCCUAACUAAGAUCCGGCCUAACCUGCCAAUCCCAUUCACAGUACUUCGUAAGUCAGGUGCAGCCACAGUGAGCAAGCCUGCUCCUCUUAACACUUUUUUGUCUAUCAAGUCAUCUGGAACCACAGCUAAGCCUCUGCCAGUAGUUAAAGAGUCUUCGUCUGAUCUCCUUUUGCCUCCAGACAUCAUCUCUAAAGCAUUUGGAGGGGAAGAGGUGAUUCUAAAAGGGUCUCCAGAGGAAAAAACUGUGCUGGCUGAAAAGAAUGAGCCUUCCCAUAUACCUGAGCAAAUGCUACCACCUCUUCCACCACCCCCUCCUCCACCCCCUCCACCACCCCCAGUUAUACCUCAUCCAGCUUCCCCAUCUUCUACUCAAUCAAAUGCUGUCUUGGCUCCAGUAAAAUUGAACCCAACUGAAUCUCAGACUCUCUGUCCAAGCAUCCUGGCUUCUAACAUUUUGAACCCAGUGUUGCCCGUAGCUAUUGUGGCCUCAGCACAAGUAGCUGCCAUUCCUUCCGAUGAGACUGCCCCUGGGGUGAGUGAAAGUGACCGGGACCAAGCCCUAUUCUCUUUGUUAGUACGUCCUCCUCCACCCCUUUCAAGUGUUUUCAGUGAACAAGCCAAAAAAUUGGAGAAACGAAAUUCAUGCUUAGCCACAGCCAAUGCUAAGGACCUAUAUGACAUAUUCUACAGCAGUGGUGGAAAAGGGACCCCUGAGACUAAGCUGAGCAGUUGUCUGUUGGCCAAUGAGGAAAAUAACAACCUGUCCAGAGCAGAAAGUUCAAACAACUCUUCCACUUCUACUUUGAACAGCAAUGCAUUCCAAGAGGAAUUGUCCCAAGAUAAGGGUGUAGUCACUGCUACUUCAGUCAGCAACCCUGAAAAGCCCAUUGCAAAAACUCUGGUGUCCUUAGGGAAAUGGUCAGUUGUAGAACACAUAGACCCAAAAGGCAGAGAGAGCAGCCAUGGCUUUCUGCAACCUCUGACAAGGUUGUACCAAAGCAGGCAUUAUGAAACUAUUUCCUCAAAGACAGAUACUUCGGCAAUGUGGACUUCGAGUUCUCUACAAAGUGACACUAAUAAUGGUGUGUCUCCAGAGGGAAAACUCAAGCUUGACCUGGGAGAGCCAGGACAACUUGGUGUAGAACCAGUCCCUCAGAGGUCAGAUAUACACUGUCAUACCAUGGGAUCUCAAAAGUUGGUUGGAAUCCACCUCAUAGAAUCUGGUAACCAAGAUGAGGAAACUCAAGACCUCUACCAAUCUAAGGGUUAUAGAAAAGGUGAGGUAGAAACAAACACAGAAGAACUAAAAAAAACUGGAGCAAAACUCUCUGUGGAGAUGGUAGAAAAGGAAAUGAGUAUCAACAUUAAACCCCACAGCAUAGAGGACUCCAAAGUGAAUGAUGGAAACAGAUACAUGUGGAAGGGAGAGGUGGAACAGCUCAAGUUGCUGAUGACUGAGAAAGAGGCUGAACAGUCCAAGAAAUUGAUGACCGAAAAUGAAACUCAAAGUAAAGUAAUGAUCGGAUUGAGUACACAGCCUCCCUCUUCCACAAAGUUAAAAAGAGACUCACUUUCAUCAGAAGCUAGGUCUUCACUAGAGAAUCCGCAAAAUAAGCCUCUGAAAAAUUCUGCCUCAGUCAGAUCAGAUGUAUACUUAACAGACAGUCCACAUGAGCAAGGAGUUUCAGUUGGUGGUGAAGAAUGGCUAGAAAACUCGGCUCCAGAGUCAGCUUCCAGGAUUUGUAGGUACAGAACCCUCAAAUUAAAGAGAGAAAGAUCAAAGGGAUUUCAGGGUAAAAUGAUUUAUAAAGUGGCCGUUUGGGAUGAGAAUAAGCAGAAACCAGAGACCUGGGAGAACCCAGAAAAAUCAGAAUCAGAAGUCCUUGAACUAAGAGAUAGGCAUCCAGAAUUAACAGUGACAAUAGAAACCAAAACCUCCGAAGACUUUGAAGCUACAGACUUAAAAUUAGAGGAACUUGCUGCCCUGGGGAAUCUAGGAGAUAUGUGUGUUGAUUUCUGCAGUACAAAGGUAGAACCAGCACAUAGAUCCCCAACUGCUCUGUCUCACAAAGUGUGUCAAGAAAAUUCUACAUCACAUACAGGAUGUAAUCCUUCCACUUCUGCUGGCUUUCAACCAAUCCCAUCCUUUUCUGGAUUUCCAUUAGAUACUUCAAAACCUGUGGUGCUUAACUUUGGGGCAGAGGAUGAGCAAAACUCAUCUAAUCCCAGAAAUAACAGGAUCAUUCCUAACAUUGUAAAAACUAGACUGCCUAUAGAAAAUGACCUUGGCUUGGGAUCCCUAGAGGUAACCCACCAGGCCCUUGACCUGUUAGCAGGAGGAAUGAUGCAUGAGGAAGUAGAAGAAACUUCACAAUUACAGCAAGAGUCACGUAGAUUGGAAUCAGAAACAGUUAACUCUUCAGGCCUUGGGCCAUCUCCUUGCCUUCCAGACCUUGUUGACUUUGUUACACGGACAUCUGGAAUUCAGAAAGACAAGUUGUGUUCUCCUCUCUCAGAGCCAGGUGACCCUCCUGAGUGUAGCUCUUUAGAGAUAGGACCACUACAACUGGAAAUACCACAUGCUUCUAUUGCAGAGGUAGCAAUGCCUCAAGGAGAUGAGGACAAUUCAGAAUCUCCUGCAAGGGAGCAGGUUGAAGGUAAUAUGAUCCCUCAGCAAAUACCUACACAAGAAGCAACAGUUGAUACCAUACAGGAUCUUAUGGAAUCCAGUGUACACAACUAA